UAGAAACUAAAAGCUGCAACACUAAAGAUGCUUCAAUGGAAAUUCAGUCAAAAGCAACUGAACCACAUAUUCCGAAUAUAUCGGCAAACGAAACAAAAAGGCCAAAAAAAAGGCUUAUACUAAAACCAAAACAGAACGCUCGCCGUGCCUCUAUCGCCGCAACUGAAGGUUCGCAAAUUGACCCACCGGUCAAUAUAGCCAUUCCCCUUGCAAUUAAAACACAAAGGCGGCCUUCGGAUUCCGAAGCCAUAGUAAAAAGAAAAAUUCACAUUUCAGAAUCAGUCGGCAAUGCACCAAUAAAAAAUAACGGAACAGUUGUGAAAGAGAAACGACCGCCCGUGAAAAAAAAAUCAACAACAUCAAAGGUGGAUAUAAAUCAGCAUAAUGAUCGUACUAAAAAUGCUGCUACAACGACACUUUUAAAAAGCAGCGCAAUAACUACGGUGGUGAACACUGCGGCUACGCAGGCAACAAUUAAAACCGAAGUGCCAAUAGCGUCAGAUUUGUUGUUGUCAACACAAUUAACAACUGCAAGCGCAAUUGGUGAUGCAGAGUUGGACAGUGGCGAUAAGUUAGACAAAACGAAAUCCGAGGUAAAGCAGGCAUUAUCAAUAGCGACAAAUGCUUGGCGGUCAUCAACGAAGUUGAGUGAUGAGAACGGUGAAAUGGUGGCAGCAGCGAUGGCAGCGAUGGCAAGUCAGUUGCAGGCUGGCGAGGCAAGCAGUCACACAAUAAACGCAGAAAAGCAACCGUUAAGCAAAGCAAAAGAAAUAACGUUUUCUACAGAAAAGGCAAAUGAUCAAUGCAUUAGCGAGGAUCAGUCAGCUUUAACAUUAGCAGACGUUUCGCAGAAACCCAUUGAUCUGGAAUUCCAACCAACCAGUCAAGGAGUUAAUGCAGAUCCUGGGCAGUUGAUCAGUUGCUCUGAAGCAUCAAAUAGCGCUGCAACUUUGGCAGGUACAGAAAAAGUCAGCUCCACUACACAUUUGGAUACAUCAGCCUCUGUUAACGGCAACACGUUGUGUCCUGUACAAACAUUAACAGUUUCAAGUAGGCGCGAUUGUCCUGAAGAACAGAAUAUUAAAGAGAUUUUAAACCAUAAUUCGAUAAAGCCAAUCGCGGAAGUCGACGGAGGUGAUAAAAUGCCAGAGCAGCAGGUCACUCCAACGCCCGUAAAGCCGGUGCAAAUUUUUGCAGAAAACGAUGCGGGUAAAAUUAGUUUUUCAAAAAAGAAAAUCACAAUUAAAAGAAUAAUACGGAAAAGCUCCAUAGAUAACGCCACUGAAAAUAAGACAUCCAACAAAACCGCGGCCAUAGAAACUAAAAAAGACGAAGAUAAUCACAGACUUCAGCUUUCAAGUAAUUUGGUAGCGGAAAAAUCCGAAAAAAACGAAGAAGAAAAUAUUCUUGAUGACGAAAUGAAGACUGUCGAAGAACGUCCCAUUGAAUCGGCCAUCGUUUUAACCGAACCUAAAGAGCCACGCAAAAUUAAAAAGAAAGUAAUCAUCAAACGUCAACAGCGCAAACUCUCCGUUGGAGAGACUUCUUCAUUCUUCAAAGAACCUGAUCAGCCAGAUGCCAUACCAGCUGCUACCGAAACUUUAGAGAGAGCAAUAGCUUACGUAACAGACGAUGAAGACGAUAGCACAGGGCAAGCAGUGGAACCCGUCCAGCCAAUCAAAUCCUGUAUGAAACAACGAGAAUACCAAGUGGGCGAUUGGGUAAUGUAUGGAGAGCGCUUCCGCAAGACACAAAUACGCUGGAAGAAAGGCCAGAUUAUUGAACGAAUCACAAGCAUAUCCUAUAAAAUCAAGAUCGACGACAAAGAAAUUUCGGCACACAUCAGUUACAUCAAGAAGUACACUGGCCGUAGGGUAAAUUUCGGCGGUAAAGAGUAUCUGGAAAUCGACUAUGAGCAGAUAGCGGAAGAAGAGCGGCGUGCUCGAACGUAUAGUAUAUGGAAUAUGGUCUGAUAUGGCCAUGCGGCUAUGGAAAGCGUUUGGGCGGAUAAGUAUGUACGUUACAAUCCGUUUUGUAUAUAUGUAUUAUUUUAGUUUGGGAAAGGGCAUCAAAGACAGACAGAUACAGUAUGGAAAAUUGGUUUUCUGAUCUCGACUUCUCUCAACCAUCACAGCUUACGAAGUAGAUUAAUCUAUCUGUAUGUCUUUAACUAGAUAUUUAUUUAUUUGUUUAUUUUUUUGUAAUUCUGUAAAUAUUGUUGAUCUUAUUUACGCGUAGCCUGUAGAUUAGGUUUGGCUUGUUCAUUAUGUAUAUCCUGUUUCUACAUACAUAUAAGCAAUUCUUCAAUGUAAAUACAUACUUACAUAUACAUAUAGUACCGUGUAUUAUUUAAGCUUUCCCAUGAAAUAUGCUUUGUACAUACAUACAUACAUAAAUAACCAUGGCAUACAUACAUACAUACAUAUGCAGCGGAUGCAGAUGCAAUUAAUGUACAAUUGAUUUAUUAAACAUUAUCGGCUUCAUUGUGAGAUAACAUUAGCCAUUCAAACACACAAUCCAUGUAAAUAAUGAAGUCUGAAUUCAUGUAAAUAAAAUAUAUUUUAAA